UUCUUGGUCGUGAAACCUGUUGCCCCUGUUCGCUUCUUGGCUCUCUGUCGCCCCAGGCGCUACCUCGCUCUGUCUCUUAUCUCAGUCUCAGUCUCUCUGUUCGCUCGCUGUCGCUGCCUCGCUGGCCGCUGGCCGCUGGCCGCUGGUGCACUCUGUCUCCCAUCUCAUUCUCGGUCUCUCUUCGCACGGCGCAAGCUCGGCGCUAGCUCAGACAGGCUCACGGUGCUCGCUCGGUCAGACCAAGUCCCACAGCAUAGAGUCACAGACCCAGUCCCUUUCGAUCUCGUCUCUCAACUCUCCUAGCGUCGCCCUUGUUUCUCCUUUUUCCUGCUCGACUCGUGCGCUUCUUCCUGCCAAGGCCAGGGGUUAUAGAGUCUUUAUCUUAUACUUACUGGAAAUCUAGGAAGGAAGAGUCCAAGAGGGAACUUCUGUGUAGGGUGCAAUGACAACUCGAAUAGCACCUGGUGUCGGAGCAAACUUGCUGGGUCAACACUCUGCAGAGAGGAAUCAAGAUGCUACCGCUUAUGUUGGCAAUCUCGAUCCCCAGGUAACUGAGGAGUUAUUAUGGGAGCUAUUUGUUCAGGCAGGUCCAGUUGUUAAUGUCUAUGUUCCCAAAGACAGAGUGACUAACCAACAUCAAGGUUAUGGUUUUGUUGAAUUCCGGAGUGAAGAAGAUGCUGACUAUGCCAUCAAGGUGCUUAAUAUGAUUAAGCUUUAUGGAAAACCAAUACGUGUAAAUAAGGCUUCCCAAGAUAAAAAGAGCUUGGAUGUGGGAGCAAACCUUUUUAUUGGAAACCUUGAUCCUGAUGUGGAUGAGAAACUCUUGUAUGACACAUUCAGUGCCUUUGGAGUGAUUGUUACAAAUCCCAAGAUCAUGAGAGAUCCUGAAACUGGAAAUUCCCGUGGAUUUGGCUUCAUUAGCUAUGAUUCAUUUGAGGCAUCGGAUUCAGCCAUUGAGGCAAUGAAUGGGCAAUAUCUUUGCAAUCGUCAAAUAACAGUAUCUUAUGCUUACAAGAAAGACACCAAAGGGGAGAGGCAUGGCACUCCAGCAGAAAGAGUUUUGGCUGCCAGCAACCCAACUGCCCAGAAGAGCAGGCCUCACACUUUGUUUGCCAGCGGACCUCCAACACUUCCCAAUGUUCCUCAGGCUAAUGGUGCCAUUGCUGCACCUGUGCCUCCUCGUCCCUAUGCUAAUGGUGUCGCUCCCCCUGUUAUUCCCACCCUUCGACCUCCACCUUCGCAAGCUUCACCAUUUCCACCUAUGCCAGUAGCCCCUCAACCACCAUGGCAUCAACAACAACCAGGUCAGACAAUGCCACCACCUGGGAUGCCUUCUCCUGUCCAGCAGUUCAGGCCACCUCACUCGAAUAUGCCACCCCCUCCACCUCCGCAAGCAGUGCCUGCUCCCCCAAGGCCUCUUCCACCACCAGCUGCAAUGACAGGCCAACAACCUGUUUGGCGGCCACCACCACCCCCUCCACCUCAGCAACAGGGUCUGCGGCCCCCUCCAUUUCCUCAAUCCUCCAUGCCACCACCACCACCUCCAAAUUGAAGAGAUCCCAUCCCCCGUUUGAUUUGUUAAGUGUAGGAUGUUCCUUGACUACUACGGGAAAGAUCUUGUACUCAACAGAAGAGUUUGAUUUUUGGUUUAUUCCAUAUAAUAUCCAUAUUCUAUUUCCAUGUA